AUGAGACCUCAGAAGCGGAAGCAAAGCGAUGACAUGGAGUUUCUUAUGCAAAAAUUCGAAAGUAUUUUUUCUAACUGGACGUCGACCCAGGACGAGAAAUACGCAACACUAUUAGAAAUAAUUAAUACAAUUAAGGACCAAAACACUCAUAUUUCGUCCUCCCUCGAGUUUUUGUCUCAUCAAUAUGACAGUUUAAAAGAUAAAUAUGAUAAUUUACUUCAAGAGAAAAAAGUGGACAAAAUUUAUAUUGAAAAUCUAGAAAAUAAAAUUGAAAUAUUGGAGAGAAACAAUCGUGCGUCAUGCAUUGAAAUAAGAAAUAUCCCGAGUAUAAAAAGAGAAACAGACCAAGAUCUGCAAAAUUUGGUAACAUCGCUUGCAAAUGUGUUAAAAAUUAAAUUGGAACAAACAGACAUACGUAAUAUUCAGAAAAUCUAUACGAAAAUUGGUGGACCAGCUUUACCUAAAAAAGAGGAUCCCUGUACUAAGCAGAUAUUGAUCCUUAUAUCCACAAGUGCAAUAGGCUUAUGUAAUCCUUAUGAUAGUGAUGCAAUUCUUCCGGCCGUUCCUACGCAAGAUGAGAAGGGUGGCCAAGAAGCAACAAUUACUCCUGUGCAAUAUGUGGAUAUGCCGCAAUCUCCCCAAAUAAUUAACGAAGAUAACUCAGAGCUUCCAAUGGAUGAUGUGACCAUGUCGGGAUGUGAAACACAAACACCUAAGGUAGUCAGUUUAUAA